AUGGAAGCUGUAGAGCCUAUUUCUGUCAAGCCUUUCCCAUUAUUCAGUCUACCAGCAAUACCAUUUUAUGAUAUUCUGAAAGAAAUGAGAUCUGUCGAUGUAUUCGCCCUGACGUUGACUUCCAAAAAAUCCCAAAAUUGUCUUCGAAAACAGAUGUAUCUUCAAAUGAAUGUCGUCAAAAACCGUUGGGCAGGCAUGGAAUUGAAGUAUAAGAAAACUGACUCAAAAUAUCUUUCGAUUUCUGUGAAUUCUGAAUACCAUCCCGAGCCAACGAACACGUGGAAAGUAGGAAAAUAUAGGAUUCCAAUCAAAGAUGGUGGUGAUUAUAUAAAUUUCAUUUGGAAGCAUCAGAUAGAAACUCAUCAAUUCCUGGCACAAGCCAUAUGUGAAGCAUUUCGAAUCAAGAAUCUCUCGUUUCAUGUUGAAUAUGAAUAUGGAUACGAAGCAACCUGGAAACUAUUCGACAACAUUCUCAAAUUUCGGAAUCAUUUGAAAGUUCCAAUUUUUCAAUUUAAAAUCACUUCGUUGUAUCUGAAUAUGAGUAUAUAUUCAGAUAUGUUGGAUAGACUGAGUGAUACUCCAAGACUAAUUAUCACCGGCGAUUCAUACCAAAACUUUACUUAUGAUCAUCAAAGACCGUAUCCGAAAGAAUAUUUGGAAAUCGAUCAUGCUGAAUGGAUAAGAUUGAAGGAUCUGAUGUUACUUUUGAAGUGUAAACAAGUCAGAUUACAUCACGUUAUGUACGUUACUGAUAGGGAUUGGAAUACAUUCUUGGUCAAAUGGAUGGAAGGAUGCAAGUUGGUUCAGAUCAAUAUAUAUGGAAAUGUGAUUGAUUUCGAUGUGAUACUCGGAAAAAUUCCAAGGAAACCGAAUAAAAACUUCUGGAUUUGUCGAGACAAUAUGGACGUACAACUAGAAAACUGCUAUGAAAUCGAACGAGAAGACGGCACGAAGCUUUAUGUCGCGAAAGACGAUCACAAUCUUAUUUUAUUUAACAACAAAGAAUAA